GCGACGCGCGUUCAAGAGUUUUGGGGAGUGCAUAUAAUCAACAUAUUAUCGAAGGUGCUUGGUUAUUGAUCCCGUGUUCCGUAGGUAGCACGAAUCCACCUCUCCUGGCCGCUCCGUUCCGCCUCGCCGUUUUGAGAGGGAGUAAAAAUCACGCUCAAAAUGCCGAAAAGAAAGUCUCCAGAGGGUCCCGAGGGAAAGGAGGCCCCCAAAGUCACAAAGCAGGAGCCCACCCGGCGGUCCCAGAGGUUAUCCGCGAAACCUGCUCCUCCCAAGCCUGAGGUCAAACCCAAGAAAACUGCUGUCAAGAAGGUGGCAGAAGAAAAGGUAUCAAAGGUUGCGAAGAAAGGCGGAGCUAAAGGAAAGAAAGAUGAUGGCUCCGCCCACAAUGGUGAUACGAAGAACAAUGAGGAAUCUGAGGCAGCGGAGGAGGCGACCGAGGAGAAGGCGUGAAGAAACUGGACGCGGCCCACUGGACUCGUCCCCUCUGACUCCACGGCAGCAACCAUCUUUUUUUACCGACGAUUUUUGUACCAUGUCGACUUUUUUUUAGACUCGUAAUAUUUUAGACAGACAACCAGCAACCCCCAUGCCACUUACUUUGUCCAUCGACGAUAAUUUGACUUCUUUUUUUUUUUUCUUCCCUUUCUCCUCAAAAACUGUAUUUCCGCUCAGAAGACGAACGACAAAAUGGCAACUUAUUACGUUAUGAAUCGCUGCGAAUAUUCUUGACUGUUAUGAAUUUUGGCAGCUGUUUUUGUACCGUUUCCAUCACGUUGUCUUUAUUGUUUACCAGCUCCAAAUUAACUGCUCAAUGCCACAAAUCAACACUGCACAAAAGUCCAGAUUAGCUCCAAUUAACUGGAAUUGACUAAAAAUAUCUUUCUUUAGUCGUAUUAGUUAAGAUGCAGUCACUGCUUUUUUGACAUGUUGUUUUAUAAAUAUUUGAUCAAAGCUGAAUUAACAGUUAAGCAGUUUUUAAAAAUCAAAUGUACUUAUUUAAUUAGGCAUAUUUUAAUGAUCAUUUUUUAAAAGUUCAGUAAUCAGUUGAAAACAAGUCCCACAUUUUACUACUACUACUGUUUCUAAAGAAUGUAUCUUUUAUAAGGAUGCACUGAUUGCUUUCAACACCAUUCGAUAUUCGCUUUAAGUUUCUGCCGAUACCCGAUAUCAACCAAUACCAGAGGGUCCGGUCAAGUGGUAACGGAGAGAAACGGGCAGAUUUUUGACAUUCAAAUGUCUCUUAUUCAGAAACUAGAGGGACUAUUGAAAUAAGUAAAGUAUCAGAAUGUAGGAAAGAGUUACACUCCAACAGGGUCAAGUUAAACCUGUGAUAUUCUUUCAAGUUGUUGACAAAAAAAUAAAAAACUCAUGUCGGUAACAGAGGGAAUGAAAUAUGCAGCACGUUUUGGACAAUAAAUACAAACAGUGAUAACUAGCGGUUCUCACUUACAUAUCCUUAACAAACUGGUUUGAAUAUUUGCUUCAUAUAGUUUUCUACCAUAUGGUACAAGAUUAGGUUGAAAAACCUCUUACUUUUUGAGUCAUGAAAUUUUUUAUUAAUAAGGUCAUGGUAACGGAGGGAAAAUUGUACAAACAAGUAGAAGGUGCAUGAUUUUACAUAAUUUGUCAGCUUUUUUCUUCCAAAUACUUUAAUAUUACUUCAAAAUUAAAGGAAACUAUUUCUAUAAAAUAUGUCAGUCCUUCCAAGCAAAUUUUUAUCAUUUUAAAUACUUUUUUUUUUUUUUAAAUCAUGUACCUUCAUCAACAGUUCAAAGAUGGAAUAACACAAGAUAUGAUGAAAUACAUCCAUUUAUUUACAUGAUUUGCAGGUCUUUGAAAUUUGGGAAAUAAUUUUUGUUCCAUGUUUCAUACAUGGUCUGUUUAAAACAUAUGGAACUUUAGAACCAAAAAUGGUACAGAAAAAAGGUCAACAGUUUCAUAAACUAGAGUACAUAUGUAUCUGUUCAAUACAUUUUUAUAUCAGAUGCAUUAACUUGAAUUUUUGGCCUUGUGUUUACUUCUGCUUGACCGGGCCCCAGAACAGAGACUGAAAAUAUCAUCCAUUUCCUGUCGUGUGGUAAAACACGACCAAAUAAAUGUGUUUUGUGUCUGUUCUUUAUCAUUUAGAGGACUACGCAACAGCCUUGGAAAAUACAAGUAUAAUACUGUGAGACAUUUUGAACCAACAUUGGCCUGUAAUUCAUCUAAAAUUUGAUAUUCGAUAGACCAAAAUCCCAAAAUCCAAUCCCAGUAUCGUAUCGGUGCAUCCUUAAUAUUUUGCGUUCAUCUUUAACUAAUGCAGUCAGAGGUUUUUUGGAGUGCACGUUGGCGGCUUUCUGAACAGUCAUACAUGCAGUACACUGAAAAAAACUGAAUAAAAUCUACCUUUGUUUCA